UUGUUGCUGCCACCCAUUGUAAUCAACAGACCUGCCGCGCGUCUAAAGGGGCGUGGCAGUAACUGAACUCACCUGACAGGUAAAGGAACUGAGUUGUCAGUCAGCCUUCUCGCUUCUAAGCAUCUAACAUUAACGUUUACACUUCUUAUUUGAAACAAGAUGAAGAAGUUCCUCUCGUUGCUUCUCCUCUGUCAUGUGGCAUCUCCAGUGAAACACUCCUUGAAGUUUUUUACAACUGGAUCUUCUGGAUUCCCAAAACUCCCAGAGUUUAUGCUUGUUGCAUUGGUUGAUGAACUUCUGGUGGGUUACUGCGACAUGGAUAAGAAGACAGCAGAACCAAAACAGGACUGGAUGAGAAAAUUAUUAGAAAGUGAUCCUCAGCAGUGGGAGUGGUACACUCGAGAAUGUACUGAGCAUUUGCCGAACCACCUCAAAGCCUCGAUUGACCUUUUGAAACAUCGUUUCAACCAAAGUGGAGGUGACCACAUUUUCCAGAGGAUGAGUGGCUGUGAGUGGGAUGAUGAGACUGGAGAAGUUAAUGGUUUUAAUCAGUAUGGUUAUAACGGAGAAGACUUUAUAUCAUUUGAUCUGAAGACACUGACAUGGAUCGCUCCACAACCACAGGCUGUCAUCACCAAACAGAGAUGGGACGCUGAUGAAGCUAGAUUGAAUUUCAAUGAGUAUUUCCUCACUCAGUUUUGCCCUGCACACCUGAGGUUGUUUGUGGACUAUGGCAAGAGCUCUCUGCUGAGAAAAGACCUUCCCUCAGUGUCUCUCCUCCAGAAGACUCCCUCCUCUCCAGUCAGCUGCCACGCUACAGGUUUCUACCCUGAGGCAGCCAUGAUGUUCUGGAGGAAAGAUGGAGAGGAGCUUCAUGAGGACGUGGAGCUCGGAGAGAUCCUCCCCAACCACGAUGGAUCCUUCCAGAUGACUGUUGACCUGGACCUCUCAUCAGUCAAACCUGAAGACUGGACCAGGUACGAGUGUGUGUUUCAUCUCUCUGGUGUGAAGGACGACAUCGUCACCAGACUGGACAAAGCAGUGAUCAGGACCAACAGAGUUUCUCCCUCAGAGUUUCCUGCUGCUGCUGUUAUUGGAGUUUGUGUGGGAUUGAUGCUGCUUCUUGCACUCUGCAUCACUGGACUCUUCUUCUGGAGGAAAAACAAGAAUGGAUUCAAGCCUGCAAACUCUUCCGAACAUUCAUCCUCUCUAACUCCUGUGGACAAUGAUACAGCUCUGACUGAUCACAUGAUUCAGUGAAGAUUAGAAGAAGACACGUAACUCCAGUGAAGUGGUUGUGGCAUCAAUGUUUUAUUAGGUUAUGUUAUGUGACAUAAAUAUGUAUUAACAAAACUUCUUUCCUGAAAUCUAACUUAAGUGUUCAUAGAUCAGAUUUGACUGUUUCAGAUUGUCAGUGGAGGCAGUGAAGAAUAAUGAAGUGAGAAGUGAUAGAAGCAUUUUAUCUGCAGCUGUUUCUGCAGACCUUUGGUGUAAAGAUCACUGCAGCAGCUGUCACACAACUAGUGGUGGAAACAGUAUUUAGAUCCCUUACUUCAGUAAAAGUACUAAUACCACACUGUGAAAUUACUCCACUGCAAGUAAAAGUCCUGCAUUCAAAACUUACUGAAGUAAAAGUACAAAAGUAUCAGCAUCAAAAUGUACUUAAAGUAUCAAAAUUAAAAGUACUAGUUAUACAGAGCAGCCCCACUCAGAUUGUUUUAUAUAUUCUAAAUAUAUUUUUGUAUUUUUUGUAUUAAUGCAUUUAUGUAAGCAACAUUUUGAUUUAGCAAAUAUAGAGCUCACUUUAACUACUUAAUAUACUGUGAUGGGGUUUUAUUAAAUUAAAGUCUAAGCACUUUAAUUGUAUCAUGUUUUUCACGUUACUAAUGCUGGCAGCUAAAUGUAGUGGAGUAAAAAGUACAAUAUUUGCCUCUAAAAUGUUGUGGAGUAGAAGUAUAACGUUACAUGAAGUGGAAAUACUCAAGUAAAGUACAAGUAACUCAAAAUUUUACUUGAGUAAAUGUACUUAGUUACAUUCCACCACUGCACACAACACACAACCAUGUUUCCAGUGCAGAAUCUUGGGGCUUUUACAUAUCAAAUUCAUGUUAUUCAGUCAUGUGAUCUCUUGUCAUUGCUGGUGAUUAGCAUUGAUGACAUGUCAUGUAACGAUAUGUACGAGAUAAUGUACAUAGAGUGGGUCACUAUCAUGAAAUGAUCUCUGACAUGGUGAUGCUGGACCCAGAGGCAAAGAGCUUAAUGUUGAAUCAGCUUUUAUUUUUUUGUCUUUUUUUAUUUGCCACAGCUGUUGAGGAUUUCUUUCUGCGUAUUGAUAUGAUUGGACAUGAUCCUACAGAGUCCAUGAUCAGAACUAUAUCCAUAGCAAGUCUCUAUAUAUAGCAACGUUCUGUUAUACCUUGCAGCAGUCUGUUAUUCAGAAUUAACACACCCUACAAUGCCAUUAUCGACCAAUUUUUUAGGCUAAAUGUGUUAUUUGUCUCAUAUGUUGUUUGAUAAGACCAGACCCAAACAUGUAAGAUCUUU